CUACGUUGUGUUCCCACGUAGGAAUGGCCUACCUUGGAGGUACUUGCGGCCCCAAAAAAGUUUCAAUCGGGAAGGACCAGCCGCUGACGUUUUCCGGUCUACAUGUCGCCGUCCACGAAAUUGGACAUUUACUGGGAUGCGACCACGAUGGUGAAAAGAACUCAACUUGCUCGUCUGGAGCUGGAUACAUUAUGAACCCUUAUAAUGGUGGACGCCACCAUUAUGAGUGGUCGCCCUGUAGCAAGGCUUCUAUCAAAAAUUUUUUGCAGUCACGUGAAUCCGCGUGUCUGAACGUCAACGGGAAGCAUCACGUUGCCUUCUUGCCGAACAUAACUGUGAAACCGGGAUCCGUUCUCAACGGGACGGAGUACUGCAAGCAGUAUUUUCCCAACCACUACAAGGUCUCCUGCGACGAGUGGUGGACCUUCGGAAAUUGCUACUUUCGCUGCAGAUUAGAAAACAAACGCGAAGACGUAGAAAUCGUAAACAUACGUGCACCGAAUGGAACACCCUGCAACAAAGACAGACUUGAGAUGGUAAUAUGCAUCUGA